AUGCCUGUGGAAACAAAAAAACGGGCUUCUCAGGAUCACAAUAUACCGGCCAAGAAGGCCAAGACGGGCAACCCCGUCAACAAAGAUGGUGUUUCAGAGUGUUUCAAGAAAUUUACGACGGAAUUGUACGUUUCUUUAGCACCAUGUUUUAUUAACGAUCCCAUCAACGGAAUCAAAGCUCAGCAUUUAGAUCCAUUGGUGAUGACAUAUUUCCCCAAAGCCAAGGGUGUAGUGAUAGCUUACUCCAACCUCAAGCUUUCGCCCGAGAACAAGACCACAGACACAGACGACAACCCCAUAUAUGUUUCCACCGUUUCCAACUCUUCACCAUUUACAUAUUUAUGGGUCACCGUUGACCUUCUUAUAUGGCAACCCAAUGCUGGAGACAUAAUAGAGGGCUAUAGUUACAUGCAGACAGCAUCUCACAUUGGUUUGCUUGUUCAUGAUACGUUCAAUGCUACAAUCAAGAAGCUCAACAUUCCUGCUGAAUGGCGGUUUGUACCCAGUCAAGUAGACGAGUACGCCGAGAGCGAGCAAGAUACUGGAAAAUUUAAGUCUUUUGGCUACUGGGUUGAUGAAAAUGACGUAAAAAUCGAAGGAAAGAUCAAAUUCACCGUCAAAUCUGUCCAUGCUUCUGGCCGAGUAGUUUCCUUGGCAGGAACCUUGAUAAAACCUGGCUCAGAGAAAGAUGCUCAGCCUGUAAUUAGAGAGCGUCGCUCUUCGAACAGUGGAGUCAAUGCGAGCUCUGGAAAACACAAAAAAUUCGACGAAGAAGACGUCCCCACAGUAACAGAAAUCCCAGAACCCGAAUCGGAGUCUAUUGAAUCUGCCAUUCCGACAUACAUUAACUCGGAAGAGGAAGCUGAAGAUGGAGCCAUUGUAAAUAAUUCUGACUCCGAGGAGUCUGAGUCAGACUAG